AUGACCAUAAACGGCACCGCCAGCGCGGGAGAGCGUCAUGGACUACUAUCUGCGGACUGGGCGGACUGGGCCGAACUGGGAGCCAAGCCAGGCACGAAGUACCUGCUGCUGGCUCUCGCGAGCUGGUUCCUUUACCGCACCCUGUUCUUCGUCAAGAGCCGGCCCAUGCUUCCCAUCACAAUGCCGCUCGACAUCAUUCUCACCACCGUAAACCUCUUCCGGCGAUAUGGCGGCCCUCUGUACGGAUUCACCGGCAAGCAUCAGGUCAUAUACGACCCCAGCAUCAGCGGGCCGCUCUUGACCAACGGCCAGCCCAACCAUUCCCUCGAGUCCAGGACGGUCAUGUGGAGUCUUUUCAUGCGCGUCGGAGGGACUGGCAAAAAAGAAGGCGAGGCGCUGCACACGAAGUGGCAGGCCUCGUACAAGGACCUGCUGCUUGUUCUUGAGCGCACCUUUCUCAACGAGCACGGCGCGGCAAACACGUUGACGGCAGGGAACAUCCCGCAGAGGAUAGCCAACCUGGUGUCGUACGUCGACGGGAGUGACAAGACGGCGCUCAGAGGCUGGGAGCGCACCGCGGACGUCAAGGUCAUCCGGCCCGACACCCCGGACCAGCCGGGCAUCGUGGAGCUCGACUUGAUGAACCUGCUCCGAGACUUUGGAGCCCACCUUGCCAUUUCGCUCCUCUUCGGCGAGCAGUGGCUGGCAAAGUACCCGGAGUGCAUCGAGGAUCUCUGGAAGUUUGAGGAGCAGGUCCUCUUCCUGAGCCUGGGCCUGCCGAGAUGGAUUCCGCUGCGGUCCUUUCAAGAGGGCGACUUCGCCCGCAACCGCAUCACGGAGCGCGUGGGCGACCUGUUCCGGCGCAUAUCAGACUACCAGGACGGGGCCAUCGGCGGCGACGACCUGAGCGACGUCCCGGCCGUCUCGUUCGGACGCAGCGAGGUGUUCCGCAAGCACGACGUCAGCCACUACCACCGCGCCGUCAUCGAGACGAGCCUGCUGCUGGGCCAGAACAGCAACACGCAGCGCGCCACGUCGUGGCUCAUCAUCUUCAUCUGCUGCACCCCGGGCCUGCUCGAGCAGCUCCGCCGGGAGGUGGCCCCGUACGUCGUGGUCGAGCGCGACGCGGCCACGGCCCGCCACGAGAUCAAGACGUUCGACCACGUCUCCAUCCACAACAAGUGCCCGCUGCUCAAGGCGGCCUUUUACGAGACGUUCCGCCUCACGAACGAGACGGCCUCGGUGCGCCACGUGUCCAAAGCCGUCGAGGUCCCCAUGUCCUCCACGGGGGAGGGCCCGGACAAGUCGUCCAAGACGACGCACACCCUGCCGCAGGGGAGCUGGGUGACGAUCCUCCACCAUCUCGUCCAGCACGACCCGGCCAUCUUCCCGGACCCCAAGAAGUUCGUGCCGGACCGGUUCCUGCAGACCGACCCCAGCACGGGGGCCAAGGUUGCGCGGCCGGGCUGCAUGAAGCCGUGGGGGAUCGGCUCCGGCAUGUGCCGCGGCCGGACCUACGCGGAGAAGCAGGUCCUGGCCAUCGCGGCGGCCUUCAUCACUCUCUACGAGGUCCAACCCGAGGGCGGCAAGGAGGGUGGGCUGACGGUGCCCCAGGGCUUGCCGGGCACGGGGACGAAAGUGCCCAAGGGGGGCAUCCGGGUGAGACUGAGGAGGCGGGAGUUUGAUUGA